GAUUGCUGGUAUCGACCGCGGGGCAAACGGCACCCUCCUCCUCCGACCGACGGAGUGAAUCAAAGUCGGCGACUGCACCCUCGCUCUCGCUCCUCGAGAUGAUCUGAUUUCGGGCCGCGCCGAGCCGACUUUCGCCCGCCGACUGCCGACACAGCCCCCGAGAUGCAGCCGCCGCCGCGCAAGCAGGGCUAUGCCAAAUUCCUGAAGAGUCUGCACACGGAGCAGCUGAAUAAGCUGCAGGUGAAGAAUCAGUACGAAUGCGAGCUGCUGGACGACAUACGGAACUUCACAAAGCAGCGAUCCGCAAUAGAGAAAUCCUAUUCGGAGGCGCUCCUCAAACUGGCCACUGUGUACUUGAACAAGAAAAUUCCAGACAUCCCGGACAUCAAGUUGGAGGGCGGCGAGGAAAGAUGGAACAUGUGGAACGUGUGGCGCACGGUGCUGGAAGAGAACGAGAAGCUGGCGAAGGCGCGCCUGGCGGCCGUGGAGGUUUUCCAGCAGGUGAUUUCGGACGACGCCAAGGUUCUGCGCGCCCACAAAGUCGGCAACGCCAAAAAGUGCAUGGAGCAACUCGGGACGAUCCAGAAAGAGGUGCAGACCACGGUGCAGGACGUCGACCGACACAAAAAGCUCUACUUUGACGAGGAGUACUCGGCCCACGACGUAAGAGACAAGGCAAAGGACAUUGAGGAGAAACUGAAAAAGAAGAAGGGCUCGUUUUUCACUUCGAUCACUUCCCUUCAGAAGAACAGUGCUAAGCUGACCUCCAAGCGGGAAAUAAUGGACUCAAGAUCGACCGGCGCCAGAAACGACUAUCUGCUCAGCUUGGCCGCGGCCAACGCACACCAGACGCGAUAUUUUGUGGUCGACCUGCAAAACACUAUGCUGACGAUGGAGAGUGGUGUUUUUGAAAGGGUGCAAGAGUACUUAACUUUGAUCGGUCGAAUGGAGCUGCUGACGUGCUCGGCCACACAAACGUCUUUCACUCGCAUCAGGGACCAGGCCAACAAACUGACGAGAGACUACAACAUGCAGUGCUGCUACCUUUUCUUCCCGGUGUUGAAGCAACACAUCCAGUACGAGUACGAGAAGUGCUGCAACGACCCGAUCGAGAAGAUCACAGUGCCUGACCCGAGCAGCGUCACUGCCGCGGCCGUCACCAAGGAGGCGAAGCGGCUGGCCAACAAGAUCGGCCGCGAGUCCAUCAACAUCCGCGAGAACACGAAGAAGCUCAGCCAGCUGCAAGCACUCAGGGAGUCGGGCCAAAAGACUGACCCUAACGACCCCAACGGGCCCGACCUCGAAACCAAAAUCGAAGAACUCAAGCAGAGCAUCCGCCGGUCAGAGACUUCCAAGAUUAAGGCUGAAGCGCGGAUCACGUGUCUCAAGGAUGGAGGAGUUAACGUUGAUGAGUUCUUGCAAGACGUGGAGAGCCUCAGCACUCUGGAGCUGCCGAGGUCUGCUUCCGCCCUCUCCGUACACACCGACGCUUCAGGGGAGGCCCAGGGAGCCAGUUCUGACUCUUUCUACGACGAUUCCGACUACGGCGAGGCGGACACGGCGCCCAUUGCUGAGAGGCCUUCCACGGCAGACAUUGACGAGAAGGAGGCGCAGGAGGCAGCUGAGGUCGAAGCAAUGAUGGAGGCGGAGCGGGCCAAAAUCGAGCAGAUGACCGCCGCCUGGGACGACCCAACCGCCAUCGACUGGGGACACGAAGACCUGCAAGCGUCGCAGCCGCCGCCAGCAGACGCCGAAGAAGUGGCCUACAGGUGCCUCGCGCUCUACAACUACACUGCACAAAAUCCGGACGAGCUGAGCAUCGUGGAGAAUGAAACGCUGGAGGUUUUGGCCGGCGCUGACUACGACGCCGGCGAGGGAUGGUUGCGAGCUAGGAACUCGAGGGGUGAGCAGGGCUUCGUGCCGCAGAACUACCUAGACUACCCGCAAGACCAACAGCAGAGUGAUCCAAUGGUGGAGCAGUCGCCACAGGAAGCGCCAGGUAUUUCCUUCUCUUCGGUCGACUACACGGUCGAGUCGGAAGAGUUGGAGAUCCAGCAGCACGCGCAGUACCAAGAGCCGCCGCAGAUGGAGGCUCCGCCGGCCCCUCCGCCACAGCAGCAGCCGCCGCAGACGCAGUCCAGGGCGGACAUCCCGGCGCCGCUCAACCUGCAGAACGGGGAUCAGUACGAGUACUGUGUGGCCAUGUACGACUACGAGGCGACCGCAGAGGAGGAGCUGACCUUCGAGGAGGGCACCGUGCUGCGCGUCCUGCGCAAGAACGUGCACUCGAUCGACGACGGCUGGUGGGAGGGUGAAAUGCUGACUGAGGAGGGCAACUCGGUCAUCGGCCUCUUCCCCUCGCUCGUCGUGCAGGAGUGCGGACCUGACGGAGAGCCACUCUCAACUGAGGAGGGUGACAGUCCGCCAAUGUCGGCCCCACCGGUUUUUACGCCCCCGGACGUGCCUCCGUUCCUGCUGCCGCCGGAGGACGUCAUCGUGACGCAGCCGACGCCAGAAAUUGAGCAUCACAAAGUGGUGCCAGAACUGUGCAACGAGACAAUAGAGGAGGAGCAGGAGGAAGAGGAGUUUUCCAUGAAGAUGAGCAAGGGCCAAAAGAUACACUACAAAACCCAGUUCUCCGAGGACUCUACCGUGACUGAAGUGGAGAAUAAAGUGGGCAUUCCAGACAUUUGUAUCGAGCUGCACGGAGAAGACGAAGUGAUGGAAGACGAGGACGAGGCGGAGAAGGAAAAUGCCGCGCUCUCUGCUCAAAUUGUCAUCACGGCCGCCACCCCGAUGACCGAAGAACCAGAACAGCCCUUCCCGCCACCCCCUGAUGAGGACGACACUCCCGCCGAGGAGGUGAGCACGUCCGAGCCCGUGACGACCGAAAUCGAGGUGACCCUGAAGGAAACGGAGGACGAGGAGGCCUCGUCGUCAGCCACCAACACGCCGCCCCAGCAACACGUGAUUCCAGACGAGCUGGAACUCCAGCAGCUAGCCAAGCUGAGCAGUUUAAAAGAGUCGGACGCGUAAGACAGAAAGAAAGAGUAAACUCAAACAAGCGAUAUUAAAGGAACACACACACACACACACACACACAACACUCACAUUCACUCACACCUUAUAUAGAGGAGAUCAAGAGCACUUUAAGUUGUAAUCAAUGUUAGAGCAGCAAUAAGAACAGAGAUCGACGAUGUACAUAAGAAAGAUUAUAUUCAACGUUAUAAACGCGCCAUUUAGCAAACCGCCAAUAAGCCAAACCCUUUUCAUCUCCACAUUUACUCGGUUUAAGAACCUACUAUACAAAAGCGAGCAGUGUUUUUUACUCUGUCACUCGAAAGCCUCACUCUCUCUCUCUUCCGAAAAGUAGGAAAAUCCUCCUUAAGUGACGUGUAAAACUCUAUUAACUUUAAGUCGAAUACGUUGGUCGUUUGAUUGAAGGGUCGCUCAGCCGACAGGGAAUGAACCUAACUUCCUUUUUAUGCAUUUCGGCUUGAAAAUUAAAAGAGACUGUUUCUUCUAGUUAAAAAAAUAAAAAAAUGCAAUAUCAGAAAACACUCCCUGGACGUUGUUUCGCCCUGUAAAAAAAUUGCUGGAAGAAUGGGAAACAUAGCGGAAUGCUGCCACAGCUCAUCAUGGACUAAAUAUAUAAAUAAAAACCGACGGGAUAUGCAACCAAGUGCUGGGAGUUGACGAAACGCUGCUAUAAUCGUGUGUUAUAAAACUGUAACUCUGCUCACAGGAAAGAUUAAAAAAAAGCAAAUUUUGUUCGCAAGCAGCGGCCUAUGAAGCAAUGAAUCCGCGAGCAUUUUUCGAUUAUUAGUUUUCAAGGACCAUCGCGGAAGCGAUUAUAAUUUUUUAGGAUGCUAACUGAAGCAUAUUGGGACCGCGACGAGCAAGCCUCCCAAAGCUUUAACUGUACACGGUCAGGGUUCCGAAAAGGGAAAUUUUUUUCUUGAUGACAGACUCUAUUAGACGCCAUUUUGGACAUCUUCUGCGCAGUGGCAAGGAAAAUAAAACCAAACUACACGCCUCUUGAAAUUAAAUUAUAAAAUGGGAUUUUUUAAAUGGCAAGUUGGUUGGUUUCAGUAAUUAUAUUUUUUUCAUGGAAAUAACAUAAACAACAUUUUUUUCCGGGAUAUUUGGAAUAUUAUUAUUUAAAUCUGUCUAAAGAAAAUUUGGAGCCCUGACUGCAACUGUCCAAAGUGCUUUGGACGCCUUUUCUUUUCGGGGUCGCCCCCGACUACAAGUGUGCUACAAAUGGCUAAAAUAAUAACACUUAAAAGAGAGAAAAACACAGAGUUGACUUUAGGCGGAGAGUUGCAAAAUGUAGGACUUAAAAAAGAAUAAUAAUUGCGGAGCCAUAUCCAAAAAAAUCCCUUGUUAUAAAAUAGCAGAAUGCAGGGAGUCAAAAGAGAGACGCGUCGACUCUCUAUACUUAGGGAAUUAAUACCACAAAUAUUGCGCUUUUGCGUUUUGUCAAAAGAAGAAGAAGAAGAACAGUGUUCCUUUACGAAUUUUCCUGAAUAUGUCAUUAAUCGAGUGAACGACUGCUUUUUGUGGUAGGUUGAACGUUUGGUUUACACACGAGACGGAAAUGGUGACAACCGUGCAAAAUGCUUCACUAAAACCUUAAUCUCUAUGCCUUGUAGGUGUACUAUGUAUUGAAGUGUUACUGUACUUCACUUUCAUACAUGCGUUUGUUGGAUUGCACUGCGUUUCCGUUGGCAAGAAUGGGACACUACCUAUACGCAAAUUAAUAUCAUACAAUUGAAUUUGACGAUUCGAAAAGUAUAUAUAUUAUACAUACGAGAAAAUAUGUAACUGUAUAUUUCACGAAGAAGCGCGGAAAAUGUAUAGAGAAAAUUGCGACAUUAAAUAAUAAUUGUUGAGAGCCAUCAAAUGUGAAAUAUAUAUAUCGUUUGUUGUAAAUACUCCCGCCCGCCACGUGGUGUAACAUUGUGCUAGGUAUGUGUGUGUCUAACUCAAUCAUAACGCUCUUUGUAGCCGAAAACCCACCUGUUACUGCACAAUUUCCAGCAUAUACUCGACACAGAUAUCGAAUAUUUAUAAUUAUACCCGGAAUAUUAUCAGUCUUCGAAUGAAAUAUGGUUUUUCUGAGGGCAUGACCGGUUAAUUUUUUUCUCAAAACUGAAUUUAAAUCAGAAUCAGAGAUAGAUUUUUGUUGUUUAGCCUCUCAUGCCCUUUCAAAAGGUUACUUUUUACUCAGGAAAAGACUUAUUUACUUAUGAUAAUUAUUGUAUUAUCUUCAUUUUGGACCAAUAGUGAAUAAAUGGUUACGGAAACUCUACUGACACCAUUAAUUGUGCGAAUUCGCUCUUAUGGAAAGUCACCAACAGAUGGCGACAGCGUUCAAUAACAAUUUUCGGGUAUUUGCAUUGCGAAAAAAGUUAAUUUUUAAGAGCUGAAAACUUAAAAUCGGUUCAGCCAAUCGUGGCAGAAUCAUUUUAAGAAAAAUAUUCACGGAUAAAAACAAACAGGAUUGAAUAUGAAAUCAUAGCGCAAUAAAAUUGUAAAUGAACGGUGGCGCCUUCUGUUGGAAAACUAAACACUUAAGACUUCCCGAUUAGCGAAUUAAAAAAUCCAAAAAGUUAGAAUUUCAACCCUUUGAAACCCUGAAAGUUUAAAGAAUAGGUUGAUCCUACAGUUGAAGUUAUUGUCGUUCGUUAGGACGCCCUGAAAUUGGGCCUGUUGGUUUGUUUCAACUCGAAGCAAUGUAUUAAGAGUGAAAAAACCGUGCUUGAAAGCGCUGUAUAACAAGGAAACCUGUAAACUCAUAAUUAGUUCGCGAACAAACGGAAAAUAGCUAACAUUCAACAUGCAUAAUUGUGAGAGAAUCAAUGGCAGAUCUUUUGGCAAUAAAAUUUACAUUAACUCUCAAUGCGA